AUGCCCGCCGAUCGCCUGCUGUCGACGCUCCUGCGGUCGCUCCAGACGUACACCGAUCAGCAAGACACGCCCCGGAUCCUCGGAACCGCAUCGUCGCUGCUAACGACCCUGGGGAACCCGCACAAUCUCAGCCUCCUGACAUCGCACCUCCUCACCGCGCCGGCGCUCUGGGACCGCCCCGAAGGCGUGCGGACCCCUCUCCGGUUGCUCUCCGUCUUCCACACCGCAGUCACAGCCGUUAUCAACCAUCAGAACGAUGCGCGAUGGGGUAAAGCUUCCGAACUGCUGCCCGGACAGACGCCCGUGGGCGGAGGCCUCUCGCUCGACGAGUGGGUGCGGGCCGUCGUUGCUGGGGCCGAUGAACGCAGUCAGAGGUGGAAGCACCUAGUGACACUAGGAGGCCUGUUGAUCGCGAUAGGGAGCUUGGAAGAGCAGGGCAUGGAUCUGUACUGGGCAUCGGGGAUCAAGAAAAGAGUCGAGGUAGCACUGGUACGCGCUGCGAAUCUCGCACUGGUGGAAGUUAGGGAAAGGUCCGAGGCAGAUGGACUGGGAGGCCAGACGAUUGUUUUGGUGCUGAAUCAUGCUUUUGGGUGUCUUUCGGACGCGGAGAAAAUGCUGCUGGACUACGACCUCCUUCUUCCGGUGCUCAUUGGCACCGCCUACUUCUCGAACGAGGGGUUCCAGUCGGCGUACUUCAUGGGAGGCCUCAACCUGGAUAUCAAAAAGAAUGGAGCGAAAUUGGACUGGGAUGCGCGUUCGAGUUCUUUCCGCCAAGUGGAGGCCAUAUUGGCAAGGCCGUUGGUGUCUUCGAUGGGUCCGUUGUCGAAGAUUAUCGCGCACGCGGUGGAGAACGUGCGCGAUCCAUGGGUGAUUCAGGCCAUGAUGGACGAUUUGGCAAGCUUCGCGAGGGCACUCACUACACAAUGGCGGCAAAUCAACUUCUCCGAAAUCGAUCCGGCUGAGGAGGAUAUCUACUUGGAGGAGGAAGCCCUCCACAAGACCGUUCCACUGCUUUGGAAACUGCUCAAAGCCGCAUUGUUUGCGACUACCAUCACAUUGCGCGGAGUCUUGAUCCGCACUCUCGGUGACAGGACUUUGGCUGGAGAUGCCGUUGCACCAGUCAUUGCAUCACAGACACUACAAACCCUCCGACAUCUGUACUUCAUUACGUCGAGGCUUGGGCCUGCAUCUUUCUCGCAACACACAUUUGUGUAUCUCACUGCGAUUGACAUACUCGCGGCAUAUCCUAUGCACGCCGACAAGUUUCUCAAAUCGAUAGCACCUCCACAGUUAGGGCAGAUACCUCGACAUCCACUCGAUCGCAUAUUGGACCUUUACUUCCUCAACACAGCAGAGCACUUCUCGUUAGUACUCUCGACUGCCGCGAACGAAGAUCUUCUUGUGGCAUCAGCUGUGCCUUACCUCGCAGCCGGUGCCAACCACAACAUGCUACCAAUUUUUGAAGCCGCACACAGUGUCAUGCUGGCAGUCCUCUCUGCACCGCAGUCUGCCGAGAUCACCGCAAAGCACCUCCCAUUUUAUAUCGACGCCCUGUUCAGCGUCUUCCCACAUAACCUUUCCCCGCGCCAGUUCAGGCUCGCUUUCAAGACCCUCAUGCGCGUCACGGCGCCCCCGUCAGCCAUUUCAGCAUCCCAUCCAGAUCUCCCCGCUACUCUAAUGGAGCUCGUAUACCACCGCGCUCUCAGCGCCCCAACGCAGCCGCUACCGCCAGACGAGAUGACACUCGCACUUCAAGGCUCGGACGCGCCUCCCCCAGCACUCUCCGAGCAAGCUGUGCUCACCUUAACACUACUCGAUGCCCUCCCUUUCCUCCCAAUCCCCCUUCUCGAGGAGUGGAUGCCGCUAUGCGCAGAGCUGCUCAACCAAAUUGACGACUCUGCCAUGCGGGAGGCGGUCAAAGCGCGCUAUUGGGAGGUGCUCGUUGGUGGCGAGAUGGAUCCCGAGCGUAGCGGGUCGGCGGUCGCAUGGUGGGGGACGCGAGGGGGCCGCGAUAUGGUGCUUUUUGGGAGAGAGAUGGAACAGCAAGAGCAUAUGAUGAGCGGUGCACUACCAGUCGAGCGUACACCUAGGGAGAGUAAGCUCUGA